GCUGUUACCGUUUCAAAGUCGAAGAGGUGAAAUUUUGUUUUGUCACAACUAGAGGAAAUUGCUAUUAUAAUGGCAAGGGUACCGUUCUAUCGCCUUAAAAAUGGUCUGGAAAUUCGUAGAAUUUUAAACGGCAUGUGGCAAGUUUCUGGUAGUCAUGGACCGAUUAAUCCAAACAAGGCCUCUCGAGAGAUGUUCAAGUAUUUUGAUGCGGGUUUGACAACUUUUGAUAUGGCUGAUAUAUAUGGGCCUGCUGAGGACAUCUUUGGCGAUUUUCUAGAGCAUUUAAAAGCUGAACGAGGAGAGGAAUCUGCCGGAAAAGUGCAAGCACUAACAAAAUGGGUGCCACAGCCAGGACCAGUCACAAGAGAGAUAACCAAAGGACGUGUUCGCCUCGCCAUGAAAAGAAUGGGUGUUGACAAGCUUGAUAUGCUACAGUUCCACUGGUGGGAUUACUCUGACAAUAGAUACCUUGAUGCACUGACUUACCUCAAUGAACUGCAAGUUGAAGGUCUCAUUGGAGAGAUUGCAUUAACCAAUUUUGACACCCAACACCUGAUGGAAAUCUUAAAAAGGGGAAUCUCCAUCUCAACCAAUCAAGUACAAUAUUCUAUCAUUGACCGUCGCCCUGAGGUGAAAAUGGUCGAACUUUGUCAGGCACAUGGGAUAAAGCUUUUAGCUUAUGGCACAUUAGGUGGUGGAUUGAUAUCUGAUCGAUAUCUGAACCAAAAAGAGCCAGUUCGAAGAUCUGAUCUCCAAACAGCUUCUCUUGCAAAGUAUAAGCACAUGAUUGAUGCAUGGGGGAGUUGGGAGCUGUUUCAAGAACUCUUAUCAAAUUUGUCUGAUGUUGCACAGGUUCAUAACUGCACCAUAGCUAAUGUUGCUUGUCGUUAUAUUUUAGACAAGCCAGAAGUUGCUGGCAUCAUAAUUGGCUGUAGGUUUGGUGUGGCAGGAGCUGAGCAUAUCGAGGAAAAUUUAAAACUUCUUGACUUGGAACUCACUCCAGAGGAUAUCCAGAAAAUUGAACAAACUCUUAGUAAAGGAAAUGACUUGUUUGAGACUACUGGUGACUGUGGAGAUGAGUACAGAUAGUAUGGGUCUAUGUGUGUUUUUCCUAACAAGGUAGGAUACAGAAUUGUCAUUACUUUGUGAUCAGCAAGAGAGUGAUGAUUGUAAUGAUUUUGAAGUCAAAAUAGUUUUAAGCAAUUAUCUUUGGGACAAUUUUUAAGAGAUUCACUCUUUCCUAUAUGUCAGUGUUGGUAACAAGUAAACUAGAUGUCAUGAAUACAGUUUAAUAUUAAGAGGGAAGCAUGGUGUAUCAACAAAAUUUUAAAAAGUUACCUGUGGAGUGUGAUGAAGUGGUGUCACUUUUAGUUGUAAACAUGUUGUUAGUAGUCCCAUUUCAAAUGAAAACAUGUACAUGCCUCACUAAGUUCCAUUAAACAAUGUUUGACCCUUGUAA